AUGAUAAACUCACCUUUUAUAUAUUCAGUCGAGAGUCACAAACAUUCGAUGAAGGUGUUAAAAAAUGGAACAAAACAAAACACAUAAAAAUGUUUACCUAGCCAGUCUAACGAAUUUAGCUUAUUUUGCACUUGGAACAUGUACGGGAUGGACAUCGCCGAUGAUGCCGAGGCUUCGAGAUGCUACAGCUGAUAGUCCAUUGAAGUUUGGGGUAGGACGUAUGGAGGAAGGUUGGAUAAGUUCUUCUAUUGCAAUUGGAGCUUUGAUUGGGUGUCCCUUGGCUGGACCACUGGCAAAUAGAGUCGGCAGAAAAUGGGCUUUACUAUUCAGUGCCUUUUCAUAUGCAGUUGCAUAUUUCCUAUUUCUACAAGCAAAUACAAUUUGGUUCCUUUAUGUUGCACGUGGCUUGCAGGGAAUCGGUGUAGGGCUAACUUGUACCGUAAUGCCAAUAUACGUCUCUGAAAUAACAACUGACACAAACCGUGGACCUAUAGCAUCACUGAUGACACUUUUCAUGUUGAGUGGAACUCUCUUCGUGUACGGGAUUGGAAUAUUCAUGACUUACAACCAAGUUCAGUACUCCUGUCUUACUAUACCAAUUAUAUUCUUUUUAAUAUUUUUCUUCAUGCCGGAAACACCCUAUUUUUAUGCAAUGAAAAGAAGAAAAUCAGCAGCUGUCAAAUCAUUGGCAUUUCUUCGGUGUAAGUGUCCCAAGGAUAUUGAAGAUGAGAUCAGACAGAUUCAGUCAGCAGUUGAUGCUGAUAUGUCUCAAAAGGGUACCUUACCCCAAAUUUUACGAAACAAACCAAACCGAAGAGCGUUCUUUAUUUGUGUCGGUUUAAUGGCAUUCCAGCAACUCUCCGGUAUCGAUGCGGUAACCUACAACAUUGAAUCUAUUUUCAUGGCUGCCAAAUCACCCUUGAAUCCUGGCGUUGCAUCAGUAGUUUCAGUUUUGGGUCAAAUAGUGGCAAAUCUAAUAACUCCAUUAAUUAUCGAACGACUUGGUCGCAAGAUGAUCCUUAUGAUAUCAGCGAUAGGAAUGUGCUUGACACUGAUCGUAAUGGGAACAUUCUUUUACAUUGAAAGUUCUCUUGAAGAUUCAUCAGUAUAUCGUUUGAUUCCUAUUCCUGCUCUAAUGCUUUUUAGUGGAAUGUAUGCAAUUGGAUUUAGUCCUUUGCCUUGGGUGGUUAUGAGUGAAGUUCUACCAUCGAAUAUUAAAGCAACUGUUUCAUCGUUUUCCACUACAGUUGGUUGGAUAAUAACUUUUGUAUUGAUACGUUUUAUUCCAGAAUUCAAUGCUGAAUUGUAUUAUGCAUUUUGGACGUUUGGAGGAUUAUGUGGUUUGGCUUUUAUUUUUGUUCUUUUUGUUGUUAUCGAAACCAAAGGACUCAGUUUGCAAGAAAUACAAGAGAAAUUAAGCUAA